CACAACCUUUGCAGUGUGAAAAGGUGUGGAAAUAAAGAAAGAAAAAUCUGAAUCUGAUCUAAAUCUGAAUCUGAAUCUGAAUCUGAUCAAUGGGCCGUUUUUGCAUCUCAGAUAUAAACAGUAACUGCAUGCACGGGGAUUUUGGGCUUCUGUAAAUGACACCCGCACGUACAGCAAGAAAAGAAGGACCAACCCUAUGUUCUCUCUCUCUCUCUCUCUCUCUCUCUCUCUCUCUCUCUCUCUCUCUCUCUCUCUCUCUCCCCCGUUUCUGUCUCUCUGUCCGCCUGUCUGUCUCUCUGGGCGGAGAGCGGAGCCUCACGCAUUUCCACCCUGAUGGACUGAAGUUCGGUUGAAUGAAAACACGGGGAAUAAAUGGCAGGAGCGCUGCUGCUGAGCAUCACCACCGGAUCCUACAGUUACUAACGCGAGCCGGUGAGGGGGAACCGAGAAUAUGAUGAUGUGAAUGACAGAGCUCGCGCUCAGGGGCUAUUUACAGUGAGGACAAACGAGUCUACGGACAGAUCGCUCUCGGAUGGUGUGAGAGGCUCCGCGGCGUCCGUUAUAUGGAAGUUGUGGCGUGCAAGGCGAAAGACAGCAGUUGCACGUUGCGCCCAGCAGCCGCCGCCGCAGCCGCCGCCGCCGCCGCCAUGCUUUUCCACGGCAUCUCCGGCGAACACAUCCAAGGCAUCAUGGAGGAAAUGGAGAGGAGAAACAAAUCCGAGUCUCGCCUUGCCAAAGCUGUGCAGAUGAACGGCAGAGAAACGAGCAUGCCGUCUGUCAGCCCGGAGAAACCUGCUCUGUGCGCCGGAUGCGGAGGCAAAAUCUCGGACCGCUAUUAUUUACUGGCGGUGGAUAAACAGUGGCACCUGCGCUGCCUCAAGUGCUGCGAGUGCAAACUGGCGCUGGAGUCCGAGCUCACGUGCUUCGCCAAGGACGGUAGCAUUUACUGCAAAGAGGAUUACUACAGAAGGUUCUCCGUGCAGCGGUGCGCUCGCUGCCACCUGGGCAUCUCGGCGUCGGAGAUGGUGAUGCGCGCACGCGACUCCGUCUACCACCUGAGCUGCUUCACGUGCACGUCGUGCCACAAGACGCUGAGCACGGGCGACCACUUCGGCAUGAAGGAGAGCCUGGUUUACUGCCGUCUGCAUUUCGAGAGCCUCGUGCACGGGGACUACCAGCAUCACCAGCACGGCCAGCAGCAACACGCGCAGCUCAACUACGCCGACUUGGCCACCAAGGGCACGAGCCUGGCGCUGCCUUACUUUAACGGCUCGGGCGCGGUGCAGAAGGGCAGACCCCGGAAACGCAAGAGCCCCGCCAUGGGCAUCGAUAUCAGCACGUACAACUCGGGCUGUAACGAGAACGACUCAGAACAUCUGGACCGGGACCAGCAGGCGUACGCGCCGUCGCAGAAGACGAAACGCAUGCGCACGUCCUUCAAGCACCACCAGCUUCGCACCAUGAAGUCCUACUUCGCCAUCAAUCACAACCCCGAUGCCAAGGAUUUAAAGCAGCUCGCGCAGAAGACCGGCCUCACCAAGAGAGUGCUGCAGGUCUGGUUCCAAAACGCGCGAGCCAAAUUCAGACGGAACGUUUUGCGGCAGGAGAGCGGGGGUGUCGAGAAGGCUGACGGCACGUCACUUCCCGCACCCUCCUCCGACAGCGGUGCUCUGACCCCGCCGAGCACAGCCAGCACACUAACAGACCUGACCAAUCCCUCUAUCACCGUAGUCACCUCAGUCACCUCUAGUUUGGACAGCCACGAGUCUGGAAGCCCCCCUCAAACGACCCUGACGAACCUUUUCUAACGUUUUUUAUUUUCUUGUUUUUUCUUUUUUUUUUUAUUGUUCCCCCUUUUUUUCUUGCUUUCUUUUCCUUCUCAGCCCUCCCUUCCAAAAAAUGUGGCUUUUUAAAAUAUUAUUUACAACACAAAAAAAACCAUAAUUACCCAGACAUCUAUUUAAUUUUUUUUUAAAGAAUCAAAUCAUUUUCAAUCAGCUACAUUUAUUUAUUUUUACUAAAAAAAAAUUCCAAAUCAAUCCCUAAACGAGAGGGUCUGAGAAUAUAAUGUGUAGCACUUGCAACCACUUGGCAGCUGAGUUUUCUUUUUUUUAUGUGCGUCUAUUUAAUUUUUUAAUUUUUUAUUUCACCAUAUUCACCAUUCGCUUCAAACGCUUCACGUGUGAAAACCACGUUCUUCACGCCACGUUAAAAAAAACCCUUUAUUCUAUUUGACAUUUUUUUUACUUUAAAUUGAAUUAAAUUGAUUUCCGGAAAUGUUUUUUUUUUUUUUCGUUGACAAACUUUUAAAUUUUUUAUUACAUUUUUGUUAUACUUUCAUACAACUCGCAUGCCAGGUGGUGCUUCAACCUCAAUUCAAGACAGCAUUGUCACACCAGCGUGGCUUGAUGUAGGCUUUAACCGUAUCCAAAAACUGUGCAGUGGUAAUUGUUCACACACAAAAAAAAAAAUUAUAAAAUAAAAAAAAAAAAUUUUGGCUUUAUUGGAAUUGAUUAGCAUUUUUUAAAUAUUUUUUUCUGGGGAAAAAAAUCACUAUCUGUUGUUUAUUACUAGUCUAAAAAUCAAUGCGUGUCAUUCAAAAAAAAAAAAAAAAAAAAGGAAAGAAAGAAAGAAAGACAAGAAAAAUUAUUGUGGCUGAAACAAAAAUGCAUUCAAUUUCUGAUUUCCAAAAAAAAGUAAUGAACAUUUGCCACUGAACAGACCAAACAAAAAUUUGGUUGAAAGUGACAGCGACAGGGAGGGAGGGAGGGGGGGAACAAAUAGAGGUCGAUUAGUUCAUUUUGUGAUGGAGAGUUUGCUUCUGUUUGUAGAACAAAAGUGCUCCUCAACGAUCUACUUCACAAAGUAGACGCCUAACUCAGUUCUACUAUGUGCCUUAAUGCUAUAACCUGGAAGAGAGCUUGUGAAAUUCAGGAGAUACAUGUGUGUUCGUUUGAUUUUUUUUUUUUUAAUAUCCAAAAAAAAAAAAAUUGGAUAUCACAUUGUUUUCAGAAACGCCUCACUAGAUUUGUAUUGUUCACCUUUUUUCUUUCUUUUUUUUAUUUUCAUCCAAGGAUUUUUUUUUCUUCCCCAAAAUGGUGUGAUUCUGUUACAAAAAUGGAGGCGAGCGAUGGCCUAGAAAGCAGUUGUGCACUCUUUCAAAUAUAGUCGGUUAAGAAAAGAAAAAAAAAAGGAAAAAACACAACUCCGAGAAUCUUAUAUAUUGAUCUUCGUGUUAAUAGUAUGGUUACGUGUUCUAUCAAGAUUGUCCAUUGUUUCCUUGUUUCUUGGAAAAAAAAAAAGAAAAAAAAAAAAAAAAGAUGGUGUAUAGAAACUAUUUCCCAUUAAAUAUUUAUGGACCAAGCGGUUGUUAUAUCUUAUGAAAUUUGUGUGAAUAAAAAAGAAAACGCCUUGCA